CCGCCGCCGGGGGGAUGCGGCUGCCGCCUCGGGCCGGUGUGUAGGGAGGGCGGGUCCCCGGCCUCGGGAGCGCGGCGCUGGAGGGACGGAGCGGCGGCCAUGGCGACCCCCGGCAACCUGGGGUCCUCGGUCCUGGCGAGCAAGACCAAGACCAAGAAGAAGCACUUCGUAGCGCAGAAAGUGAAGCUGUUUCGGGCCAGCGACCCGCUGCUCAGCGUCCUGAUGUGGGGGGUAAACCACUCGAUCAAUGAACUGAGCCAUGUUCAAAUCCCUGUUAUGUUGAUGCCAGAUGACUUCAAAGCCUAUUCAAAGAUAAAGGUGGACAAUCACCUUUUUAACAAAGAAAACAUGCCGAGCCAUUUCAAGUUUAAGGAAUACUGCCCAAUGGUUUUUCGUAAUCUGCGGGAGAGGUUUGGAAUCGAUGAUCAAGAUUUCCAGAAUUCCUUGACCAGAAGCGCGCCCCUUCCCAACGACUCCCAGGCACGCAGUGGAGCUCGCUUUCACACUUCCUAUGACAAGAGAUACGUCAUCAAGACCAUCACCAGUGAAGAUGUGGCUGAAAUGCACAACAUCCUGAAGAAAUACCACCAGUAUAUAGUGGAAUGUCACGGGAUCACCCUUCUCCCCCAAUUCUUGGGCAUGUACCGGCUUAAUGUCGACGGAGUUGAAAUAUAUGUGAUUGUUACAAGGAAUGUGUUCAGCCACCGUUUGUCUGUAUAUAGGAAAUAUGACUUAAAGGGCUCUACAGUGGCUAGAGAAGCUAGUGACAAAGAAAAGGCCAAAGAACUGCCAACUUUAAAGGAUAAUGAUUUCAUUAAUGAGGGCCAAAAGAUCUAUAUUGAUGACAACAAGAAGAAGGUAUUCCUGGAAAAACUGAAAAAGGAUGUUGAGUUUCUUGCCCAGCUCAAGCUCAUGGACUACAGCCUGUUGGUGGGAAUUCAUGAUGUGGAGAGGGCCGAGCAGGACGAGGUGGAGUGUGAAGAGCACGACGGGGAGGAGGAGGGGGAGAGUGACGGCACCCAUCCCGUGGGCACCCCUCCCGACAGUCCCGGGAACACGCUCAACAGCUCGCCACCUUUGGCUCCGGGGGAGUUCGACCCGAACAUUGAUGUUUAUGGAAUUAAAUGCCAUGAAAACUCUCCUAGGAAAGAGGUGUAUUUCAUGGCGAUUAUUGACAUUCUUACUCAUUAUGAUGCAAAAAAGAAAGCUGCCCACGCUGCAAAAACUGUUAAACAUGGCGCUGGAGCAGAGAUCUCGACCGUGAACCCUGAACAGUAUUCAAAGCGCUUUUUGGACUUUAUUGGCCACAUUUUGACGUAACCUCCCGCACAGCCUUGGACGGACAGGAGCAUGGGAAGGACAGAGGUGGCUUUGGUGUAGGAAAAGUGAAAACCAAACUCAAUGCAGCACUCAUCUUGCAGGAAGCAAACCUCCUUGUUUACAUCUUCAGGCCAAGAUGACUGAUUUGGGGGCUACGCGCUUUUAACAGCUACCUGAUAUUUCCCAGCAUCGUUCUAGCUAUUUCUGACGUGUGUGUAUGUGAGCGUGUGCGCGUGCGUGCACAUUUUAAAAUAAUUAAUAGUUAAUUAAAACUGAUCAGCUUCGGUCAGAAUGUGUUAUGACAGGAACCCUCUGAUUCCAGCUGUGGCCGAAUGAAUGAAUGAAUGAGUGAGCAUAUGUUGGGGUGGGGGAGGAGGAGUUGCAUGUCAGAGCGGCCACUAGGCAUCACACGAUAAACUGUGGAUCAGUUUAUUUUUUUGAGUUGAAAGAUGUGAGACAGUAUUCAUAAUAAUAAUGAAGAUAAUAAUAAUGAAGAUAAUAAUAAUGAUGAUGAUUAAAAGGAAAAAACUUAACUGCGAAUGUCACACUUCCACCCUGCACGCAGACACUCCUUCGUACUUGUAACCGAGCCCCCGGCAAUGGACGGAAGAAUGCUGGCGUCUGGGUGUGCACUGGUUCAGGCUUCUGUCGCCACACAGUGUCAGGAUCCUAGGUGUCCCCGAAUAGCCACCCCUCCUCCAACAAGGAGUUGAAGCCCCAGUGACUCUGUCUGUACAUUUUCACCUCAGUAAAUAUGUCCAGGAAAACUGCUUACUUCUCUUUUCUUGCCUGGAGCCUCUUCAUUGUCACCCUUACAUUGCAGUAUAGGAAUUAAUGCUACAAAAUAAAAAUAAAGCUUACCUGAAAAGUGCAUAGUUUGGGGCAAUGGUCUCUACAUCUCCCACUGUGGGACAAAGCGUUAAAACUCAAUUCUGUUACUGAAUGCAAAUCUGAGUUAUAAGAUGUUUAUGUUUGACCACUGUUUCAACAGUGGUGUUUUCUUAGAAUUGUCCCUUUAACUGAAACUUUCAGUUUUACUGUUUACAUUAUUAGGAAAACAGGGAUAUUUUUGAAUCUAAAAAUUUAAUGUACAGCAUGUGAUUUUUGAAGUUUACAUGUAAAGUCAUUUUACAGUAUAGGUAAAAUAAUGUUUGUCAUAUUUUGAGAUGUAUCCUGCAGUCAUGUUUUCAAAUGAAAAUGUUUUAUUCAAAGUAUAUGAUAGACAGUCUGUUACAAUAAAGGGGAAAGGAUUGUUCAGUUUCCUCUAGAUGUACAUUUAUCAACCUAAUGAUUUUUUUAAAAAGAGAUUUAACCCAAAUCUAGUUAUGUAAGUUCAUUGCCCUAAACUGUGCUGAUUGUGUUUAAUCAGGUUAUAAAUUUCAAACAUCGAUCAUGUAUUUACCCACCUUCCUGCAUUUUCUGAAAGGCGUCAAGCUAAAAUAUUAGACAUGCUUAGAGUAGAUUAUCAACUUACACGCUGCGCUGAAGCUGUGCCUUUGAAGUACUUUGUUUAAAACAUGAGAUGAUUUUUGUAGGCAGUCUUAGUAAAGGAAAAAAAAAAAACCCACCCUUCGGUAACUACUUAGAACUCAACAAAUCCCCCUGCCAUACUGCCUUUUCCAGUAACUUUACUUCAGGGCUACCCAGAUUGCAAUUGUGCCCAAGGUGUGUGGGUUCACUUCUCGGUAUCUUUGUAAAUCAGGAGCACCGCCAUCCCUACUACUAUCCACUGACUUUACAUGGAUUUGUUAUCUUCAACAGAUGAUAUUAACACCUCUGUAACAUAGCUGUACAAAUCUGUAUUCGAUGUGUUAAAAUUAACCAACACUGUGAUUUGGUUCCCCACCACCACCACCACUAACUCUGGCAGUAGGUCAGUUUCAGUCUUCUGAAGUUUACUAUGGUUCCUUCCAUUCAAGACUGCAGACUAGAGACCCUGAAGUGAAAACAAGGUACACAUACAUUAUUUUAGUAACUCUUUCCUUUGUGGCCAAUCUGUGUAUGCUUUUAGAAGUUUACAAACUGCUUUAUUUUUGUCUGUAACAGUCUGUCACUCAUUUCUGUUGAUAAACUCUGGACAGAACGAGGAAGUUUGCCUUGUAUCUUCUAGUGCUAACAAUACACUCCAGUCGUGAG